AUGUCAGGACUUGAUGUCGAGGCCCUACUUGACUCGACCGCAGCCAAUGAUGUUGUAAAAGACUCUCCAAAGGACCGCGAGGAUCGACACCGGAGCGAUCGGUCAGAGCGUCGUGAUAGAGACAGAUAUCGUGAUGGAUCUCGCGACCGAGACCGAGACCGCAAGAAACGAGACCGGAGCCGCGAAUACCGCCGAGAUCGAGACAACGACAUAACUAGUCCCCGCAGCGACCAUGGAAGCGCUAAUGGAAGCCAUAGGAGCAGCAGACGACGCAGUCGCAGUCGUGACGACGACAGAAGACGCUCUAAGCGAGACGACGACACCUACCGUAAGCGGUCUCGAUCUCCUGAAUACGACCGCUACUACCGCCCUGGCGGACGGUCCAAGCGCGAUGACGAUGAUCGACGUGAUCGUGAUCGAGAAAAGGACCGACGUCGUUCGGGAAGUCCAAGACCGACUACCAAGGGCAAGACACCCGAACCACAGCUUACUGAGGAUGAACGUGAUAGGAGAACCGUCUUUGUUCAACAACUAGCCGCACGUCUUCGAACUAAAGAGUUGAUUUCCUUCUUUGAAAGGGUUGGCCCCGUCAAGGAAGCGCAAAUUGUCAAGGACCGAGUCAGCGGUCGAUCAAAAGGUGUUGGCUACGUCGAAUUUAAGAAGGAAGAUUCCGUACCUCUUGCUAUUCAGAUGACAGGACAGAAAUUGCUCGGUAUCCCAAUCAUUGCCCAGCUUACCGAAGCAGAAAAGAACCGUCAAGCCCGCAACCCCGAGGCUACUAGUGGGAAUCACAACUCCAUUCCCUUCCACCGCCUCUACGUUGGCAAUAUUCACUUCAGCAUUACUGAAACAGAUCUGCAGAAUGUUUUUGAGCCAUUUGGCGAGCUGGAGUUCGUUCAACUUCAGAAGGAGGAGGGUGGCCGCAGCCGAGGAUAUGGCUUUGUUCAGUUUCGUGACCCCAAUCAAGCUCGUGAGGCUCUUGAGAAAAUGAAUGGUUUUGACCUCGCAGGACGUCCGAUUAGAGUUGGUCUUGGGAACGACAAGUUCACCCCAGAGUCCACGGCCAAUCUCCUGCAACGAUUCCAAGGACAAAAUGGUCCACCGGGAAACUUUCAAGGUUCUGCCUUCUCCGGCUCUGGUGGCCGAGGCUCUCAUGCAGGCGGCGGUGCCGGUACCUUCGACCGAGCCGGCGGACGUGACAACGACAAAGGCCAAGGAGGUGCAAGUGCUCUUGAUGACACUGAUGUUGCCGGUGUGAACUUCAGCAAUUAUAGCAGAGAUGCAUUGAUGCGCAAACUAGCUAGAACGGAUGAACCUGCCGAUUCGGACCCGAAGCGCACAGCAGCACCCAAGAAAGAGACGAAGCCUCUGCCUGUCAACGUCAGCCAGGCUAGCAGAUGUGUCCUGCUUCGGAACAUGUUUGACCCCGCAGAAGAAGAAGGCGACGCAUGGGUCAAAGAACUCGAAGACGACGUCCGGGCCGAAUGCGAAGAGAAGUACGGGCAUGUUGUGCACAUCUCACUUGACCCCAAUACACAAGGUGAUAUCUACCUCAAAUUCGAACGCGUCUCCGGAGGCGAGAAUGCCAUUAAGGGUCUCAAUGGACGUUACUUUGGUGGUAGGCAAAUUUCCGCGCAGCCCGUCGUUGACGCUGUCUACAGCAGUUUGUUCUCCCGGACCAAGGCACUUUGA